UUUUGAAUAUCCAGGACUUCUGGAUGCGCCAGCGAUGUGUACAGCAACUGUCGAUUUGGCAGCAAACUGGACUAGGUCAAUUGUAGUUCCUUUCCUACUUCAAGCUUACCUCCCUCAGAGCGGUACUCCGACUGUCUUCACAGCUUUCAGGUGGGAGGGAGCUGAGCGAGAGGGAAUCAAAAGUCAGCUUGCUUUUGCUCUCUGCUGGUGGCAGAUGCGCAGCUGGUUGUUCUUAAGCAGAUUGGUGUUAGAGGGGGAAAAGCCGGCACUGUUUAGCAUCUGCUGGCUUGGGGCGGAGGACGCUCAAAGGGUUUGGAGGUUGGGAGUAGAGUUGUGUGGAUUAUUGGUGGAAGAAGAUGAUGUGGGGUGCUAGAUGCUUUCCCAGCCACCGCCCGGCACCCCUUGGAGAAGAGAGGAUGAGGAGGGCGUGGGGGCGGGGGCCUCCUUGCAGCGCAAGGAGUGCGCUUUGGCCAAGGGGGUUGUCUCUUUAAGCGCUCCAGAGGGGCUGGGGCCAGAGGGCGGCAAGCGCGUUGCCAUGGCACCGGGGCUGCGGGGGCUGCAGGACCGCUAAGCUCGCUGGUCUCCAGUCAUCUCCUGCACUGCAAGGCUGUGCAGCUCUUGGGCUACCGCGCCCCGAGGUUGGUCUGGCCGGCCACUGCUAGCCUGCACGCUGUUGCGGGUGUCACUUGCUGGGUUCGAGCUGCUGCGGUGCCCUCCGCAGCCAGACGCACGUCGCGGUCCUCGAGAGCGAGCCCGGCACUUGCAACUUCUGCCUGGCGAGCCUAACUUCUGCGCGGGGUUCGGACUUGAAGAUCCCGAGAGGUGCACCACGUGCAGUUGGGGCGGUGGCUCACCCUCACGGAGAUGACCUCCCCACCGUGGGUCUGGUGCUUCUGCAUCUGGGCCGCCGCCAACUGGCCGCCAGGAAGCGCCCUACACCUCCAGCCCGGCAUGCCGAUCGUUUGCAAAGAGGAGCAGCUGAUGGCCAUCUGCCUGUCACGCCCAUGCGUAGGAGCUUUCAUAGACACCGUCAAGUUCUGGAAGCAAGGCUGCUCAGGCCCACGGGGGUGUGUGGGUUAUGAAAGAAGGACUUGCUGCUACACCAUCUACAGACAUGUGUAUGCCACAGAGCACCAGACAGUCUUCCGGUGCUGCCCUGGUUGGAGCCGUUGGGAUGAUGAACCCGGCUGCUUCUUUUCUGUCUCUUCUCUGGGAACUCAUUUCAGAGGAAGGGAGUGCUCAGAAGAGGACACUCAACAAUGCCGUUGUUCAGGAGGAUUUCAGGGACCUCACUGUCAAUAUGAUAUAAAUGAAUGUGCCAUUGACAAUGGUGGCUGUCAAGACCAAUGCUGCAAUACGAUUGGCAGUUAUUACUGCAGAUGUCAAGCUGGCCAAAAGCUGGAUGAAGACAGCAGAGCUUAUGAAGGUACCAGUCAAUGCUUAGUUCUCAACCAAGGCUGCCAGCAGCGCUGCAUUAACACCCAGGGCACCUUCCACUGUGAGUGUGAUACAGGAUACAGACGCCAUGCUGACGGACGCACCUGCAUAAGAAUUGAAUUAGAAAUUGUCAAUGUCUGUGAAAAGAACAAUGGCGGUUGUUCUCAUCACUGUGAGCCUGCAAUUGGUGGACCCCGUUGUUCCUGUAACUACGGACAUCAGCUCGACACAGAUGAGAAAACAUGCAUAGACUUUGAUGAAUGCAAGAGUGGAGAAGCCUGCUGUGCCCAGCUCUGCAUCAACUACUUAGGAGGCUACGAAUGUGCCUGCCAGGAAGGCUUUUGGAUCAGUCCUGACGGCUGUGGAUGUGGAGCUUUAGAUGAUGAGCAGUCAGAGGAAGAAGAAGUGGAACUGGGCAUCUUGAGUUUUCCAGGCCUCCUGGUUCACAGCCCACCUCAGCCCUUCCCAUAUCUUGCUCCUUCUCUGGCUGCCUCAUAUGAAGAUAAAGACAAUGAAGAUGAACACCAGGAAGCAGAAGGAGAGUUCCAAAGCCUGACAGCCUUGCAGAGAGUUGUCUGUUUAGAUGGCACCUUUGGUCUGGACUGCAGCUUGAACUGUGGCGAUUGCAUGAAUGGAGGUAGAUGCCAAGAAGGGAAAAGUGGGUGCUUCUGUCCAGCUGGCUGGACUGGCAGCCUUUGCAAUGAAAGCAAUGCCCUAAGAACUGGUACAGACCAGCAAGCUCCUGUGGGAUGUCGGAAAGGGUUCUUUGGGAAGUACUGCAAAAGGAAAUGUCACUGUGCCAACAAUGGCCAUUGCCACAGGGUAUACGGUGGCUGCAUGUGUGACCUACGGAGCUAUGGAAGAUUCUGCCAUCUCAAUUGUCCCGGGGGUGCGGGUGGGGGCUAUGGGGCUGCCUGUUCUUUGGAAUGUCACUGUGUGAAGGAGAACACCCUAGGAAUGCAGUGCCAAAAAUUGUAGUUGCACCUGCAAACCUGGUUACUAAGGCAACAGAUGCCAGGAAGGUGCA